UGCUUUAUUCUAGUUUCCGGUGUGAGGGUGAGGCUUCAGUGACGUAUGAAGCUAAUGCUUCGAGCUGUUUUUAUUCACAAGAGGAAGAAAAAAAACCCACACAAUACCAGGACAUUUAAAAAAAGAAAAGAAGUUUAAUCACCGGAAACUGGAAAAACCGCAAACCGGUGAGUGAAAACUGCUGCCGUUUCUGCAGGAUAUGACAGAAGCAGCACAGAAAACAGCAGCAGCACUUUGGACGAGGGUCGCGGGGGGUGCUGUGCCAAUCUCAGCUACAUCGGGCGAUAGGCAGGGUACACCCUGGACAGUUCGCCAGUCCAUCGCAGGGCCAUUUGUUGUUGAUCAACAGGAGACUCUGAGCUGCAGACAAACAUGUCUCUGUUCUUCUCUGGAGCUGUGACGAGUUCACCGAUCAAACGAAGGUUACGGACCAAUCCCUCGUCUCAGAGCCUGGACGCCUCCCUCCUCUCUCCUGACUCCUCCUACGUGUGUUACUCCUCGGCGGAGGGCGAUGCCCCCUGCUGCUGCCGCCGCUCUGCGCGCCUCCUCACCAACGGCUACUACGCCGUCACCGAGGACAGUUUCACCUGGGACGACGAGGGCAACGUGUCCCUGACGCCAUGUAAGACCAGCGUCUCCUACAAGGAGAACCCGGUCAGAGUUUUCCGCCGCAGACGACGACCUCGUGACGCGUUGGCCCGCCUCCUCAGUGAUGUCACAGAGAGCUGCCAGACGUGGUUGGGCGAGAAAGUCUUCAGAGGUGUGUUUGGCACCCGACAGAACCUGAACCAGGACUUGGACCUAGACAGUGAGUAUGUGCGGGGUCACGACUGGUCCAGGCGCAGCCAGCAGGGGGCGGAGCCAGCGACGCUGGACGAGGCGUGGUCUGCACUGAGCAGCAGCGAGGUGGACGACAGCCGUGCUUUCACAUACGACCCAACAGAGGCCCCGCCCCCUCCUGACAAAGUUUCCCCACCCCCAGCGCUGCUGAUCCAGGAGGAGAUUUGCUCUGAGAUCUGUCAAUCAAAGGAGCUGGGCGGGCUCUCAGAAGUCCCGCCCCCUUCUGCAUUUUACACCAAUGCCUGCUGCUGUCAGACGUCACCUGACCACACGGGUUUGACAAUGAAGACUUUUCUCCUCCUCAUCUUCACCGUCUUCAUCGUCACGGCUGUGAUCACGAGGUGUCCUUGGUGGAGCACAACGUUAGCAUCCACCGUGUUCGUGACGAUGACGACGUGUAUGUUCCUGACGAAGGCGGGGCCAAUGGGCGAGUGGAGGAGAGCGAAGACGGAGGACAUUACAUCAAGAAACGAGUGAAAGACGGAAACGUCGGACGGAAACUUCGUAGAAAUAUUCCACAUGGUUGUUACAGUAAAUGUUUGCAUGAAAGUGACGCAGCGUUCGUAGAGUUUUGGAAAACAUUUUACAGAAAAAAAGCCAAGUGUGACGAUGUCGCGUUUACGAACGUCAACAGUUCAUGAUCUGAGGGUGUGUUUUCUGUGUCAGAAGAAAAGCAGAGUCGACACUUUGUUUUCCGAUAAAAUGCUGAAGGAACUCAAUGCCGUGGCGAUGUGAGUUGCUGUAGUUUAGUUGUGAGAUUCAGGGAGUCGUGUAAAAGAUGUAAAAACGUGUCUUUUGUUUUGUCAAACUUUGGUUUGGGCGAAAGUUGGGGAAAAUCUUUUUUUUCUUGAGAAAACUGAACAAAAAUAAGAUGCUAGCAUGCUAAAGCUGCAGUAUUUUGAUUUUGUACGAAAAAGUUUGCGUCUUACUGUUGCAGUGCCAAAAAUUAGUUUUUCACAAGAUAAUUUUCCUUUAACCGCCCGUCGAGUUUUCUGGGGCUAAUGCUAAGCUAACUGUGUUCAUAGUAAAACCUCGUCAGAAGAAUCUCAAGGCCGAUGACUUUUCAGGACAUUAUAUUUCACGAUCUUUUCUUUGUUUUGUUUCAGUGAAAAUAUUUCAGCGUCUGAAGCUAACGGCGUACUUUAAAAAAUAAUUUGCGUUCUCUUCCUUGAAUUGUUUCAUUUGUUUAUCGUCGACUGAAAACAAACCUUACUAAUGUAGCGUUUUAAAUAUUUAUUUGUGAAACUCCUCGGCUUUUUAGUGCCUUAAACACAGAGAAACCAACGGAAACGACGCUUAAAAAAUGCCGGUAAACGUGUGGUGGAGUUUGAUUUAAGCUGUGCACUGGAGCAGACGGGUGUAGUUAACAUACAGUAAGUCGUGUUUGAAUCAGAAAAUAAUCGUAAAAAAAAUUGCAAAUGAAAAAAGUUUUCAUCAGGAAAAAAAAUGCGAUCAAAACAAACGUAAACAAAUGUACGAUAGUGUAUGACUAACGUAGAACUUUUAUCUCACGAAACAUUUUUAUGUGUUUUUUUGUGCUCAGUGAAUUUGCUGAGAUCGGGAAUGUUUUACUGAAAUUGAAAAAAAGAAAAUUCUGCCAACUUCGUUGCGUGAUCGGGCCUGAGACUCCACGUUUUCGUGACUCGGGAGUCUGAAUCAUCCGAUGUGAAUUUUAGUGCCAAAUCUUAGACUGGACGAUUCCGAACACCUUUACGUAUUAACCGAUAUAUAACUGAUAUUUUUGAAUACUGCUCUGCGUGACUUUGUAUGACUUUGCAUUUUAAAGCUGCAGAUAUUUCUUUUAUAUUUGCGAUGAAUUGCCGUUAAAUGUCUCCACAGAGUCUUUUCGCCUCUUUCCACUCCUUGUUUUGGUUUCUGGGCGUAAAAAAGGUCUUUGCUAACUGGAUGAUUACGAAGAAACAGGACCUUCCUCAAAUCGUACAAAAGUGCGACACACAAGCUAAAGUCCGUCUUAAAGUGGACUCUCCUCUCUCCUUUUAUACUGUUAGGUCCUUAACGUGUAUUUAAUUUAUCACGAAAAUAUUCACAAUUUUGGGCGAUUUUACGAGCAAAAGGCCUUAAAACCAGGAAUGCGAUCUUUUUUUUCCCCUCAGGAGGAGAUUUAGACAAAAGAUGGAGGAAAAAAAAAUGCAGGAACAUUUUUGAACUUUCGAUUCAAACUGUGAAUUAUCGCGUUACCACCUAACUGCACACUGGCACCCCCUGGUGGCCUCAAAUGAACAAGUAAAUGCAGCUUUAAAUCAUCAAAGUUUGAGAUAUCGCAGAAAUAUUAAAAUAGUUACGCCGACGGGAAAUUCCUGAUAAAUAUCUGUGAUGAAUUUAAAACGUGACUCUUGUUCCUGUUUUGUUUAUCUAUUCUUAAAGCACUUGUCGCUAAUCUUCACAAUAAUCACGUGAUUAAAAUUAAACUGUAAAAAACAAAGCGCUGACGUAGAUUUGAACUUUUAAAAAUUAGAUAAAUAUUAUAUUUAAAGGAGACAUGUUAUACCCUAUUUCCCCCAUUAAAAUGCUGCUGUAUGUGACUGUAUCAGACUGAGUCUGUGUUCCGGUCAUGGAGGACGUACUGAACAAAUAUUUUUAAUUAGGACGUGUCAGAAUGGUCAGUUAUGAGCUCUAUUUGACCUUUUCUUAAAAAUGUGUGUGUUUGUACGUCGGUGAAAUACGGUCGCUGACUAAAUACGGCGACCGCUGGCCGCAGUCUGAUGUGAAGUUUGCUGACUUUAUCCGGAACAUUAGCUUCAUAUAUAAAAUCCUCUGAGGCUGGAAGUUUGUGUAAAACACUGUGCUCCACUGUGCAGCCACCAACAGCACACUUGUCCCUCCGCAUUGACAUAAUACCGCUCUUCCUCCCUCGCCUGCACUCUCGCAUUUUAUAGGGACAAGGUGGAGCUAAGGUGGAGCUCUCCAAGUAAACUUACUGGUGGGCGGUAACAUUUGCGGUGAAAUGCGCAUGCUGCCGUCAUAAGCGCAGGGAAUUCAACAACGAGUGUUUUAUCGCCUAUACUUACCAUGAAAACAUGACUGAGUAUUCUUUUUCCACACUUUGGCGACUGGUAGGGCCUCCAGAAUCCCAAAUAUAAGUACUGUAAUGAUUAAAAAGUUGAUUUUGCAUAAUAUGUCCCCUUUAAAUAAAAUAAAUCGCUUCAAUCAGGAAGUUGUGGUUUUGGACGAUGUGUAGUUGCCCGUUUGGGCCUCUUGAUGGAGCUAUGUUUUAAAGGUUUAACUUUAACAGUGUUUGUGUUUAAAGUAUGUUUCUCUUCCAUUAAAAACAUGAUAAAAACACAAAA